CUUGACGCAGAACUGCCCUCGCUGGGCGAGCUCGCGCAUGAAGUAGUGUCUAAGUUCGAUAUGCUUGGUCCGUUGGUGGAAGACAUGGUCUUUGGUAAGGUGUAUGGUGCUCUCAUUGUCACACCACCGAGUAAUACCCGAGCCCAGCCAUGAGGUAGGUAUGUCAUCGAGCUUCUUGGGCUGCCAUGGUGCCUGCAUGUAGCUCAGCUUCGCAGGAUGACAAUGAGACAGAUGAUGAGCGUGUGGAUCGCCAGCUGAUGACCCCACUGCCAAGGGUGAAGCAAUAGCCUUUGGAAGCGCGGCGGUCAGCUUGAUCAUCAGCCCAUGAGGAGUCGCUGUAUCCCUUGAGGUGUGGAGAGGUCGUGCCAUCGAGAGUCCUUGGUGGCUUGGAGGUAGCGAAGGACGCGCUUAGCAGCCGACCUGUGGCGAUUGGUGUAUCGACCGGCAGCAACGUAAUGCGAGAGCACACUGAUGGGGUAGGCGAGGUCGGGCCUUGUGCACAUCAUCGCAUACAUGAGUGAUCCGACGAGCUCGGGAUAUGCCUCAUCGCAAGGCUCAGGUGAUGGAACUGAUGGAGCGGUCAGAUCAUGCUGUAGGGAAAGGGGUGUUGCCACUGGCUUGGCGUUGUCCAUGGCAAAACGCUUGAGGACGUUGUUCACAUAGAACUCUGGUAGCAGUAGAUGGGCUGUAAUGGAAGAUAUUAUGUGGCUGAUUGUAAAUGGUCCGCAGUAGUGAGGACGAAGUUUUGGGACGAUGGGCAGUCGAAGGUUCUAAGUGUCGAGCAGUACUAAGUCUCUAGCCUGCUCUUGAAGCUACCGAGGUACCUACUAUUGAGUGCGGGGAGUUGCUAGUGGGCAGCGAUGCGGGCAUCAUCAACCGUUUGAGGGUGAGGGACAUCCCUGUCCACUCGCGCACCUCCCGCGGCUGCCGCCUCAUGCGCAUCGCCCCUGGGGACAGCCUCACGUCCGUGUCGCUCGUGCCGCGUGCGGCGGAAGGGGGGCUGGAUGAUGAAGAUGCUCCUCUAGUGGUGCCGGAGGGAGGGGCGAGUGACGAGGAGAGCGAGGAGGAGGAGGUGGUGGUAGGAGCGCAGAGCGUGAAAGCUACGGUGAUGAAAAGGCUCUGAGUUUGCCUCAUGCGCAUCGCUGCAGGGGAUCGGCUCUCGUCCGUGUCGCUGGUGCCAGCUGCCGCAGAGGGGGAGCUGGACGACGAGGAUGCUCCUCUAGUGGGAUACGGCACCGCUGACUUUGCCACUUCUGCAGUGUGCCUUCUCUCAAGAACCGAGAGGUGUCCUCCUAGUCAUGGACUCGUAGCCCAAUGGGGUGUCCUGUCCGAGAGGUGUCCUCCUAGUCAUGGACUCAUCGCUACUCGCAGCAAUG